AAUUAAUAUGCAGAAAAAGAGGGAAAAUACAGCGAAGCAAUAUGUUCCUUUGCACACUGAACUCCUCCAUUGGACCACGAACUGUCUCCCUGCUCUCCAUCGUGGCUUCACAUUUAAGCAAAAUUUCAUGGCUCCUUCCCACCAUCUAGCCCUCUUCUUUUGUUUCUUCCCGUUUUCAUUUCUUCCGUGCUCGUCCCAGUAAUGAUUUCGGCGCUACUAUCGUUUCUGUUGGCAAAUCCAAGGGAGUGGAGAACAGAGAGAUAGCCCAGCGCAUAUGAAAGCCGUUCUAUUAUAUUGAGACAUUCCCCUUUCUCUUUCUCUGGUCUUCUUCAAGUUUCUUCUCCGGUCGUCGUCGAUCAUGGCGGCACCUACCCGGUCAUUCCUUAUGGGCAGCGGCGGAGGCAACUCCGGCGCGCCUUACCCUCCGGCAGACACGACCUUCACGAAGAUCUUCGUCGGAGGCCUCGCUUGGGAGACUCAAAGGGAGACCUUGCGCCGCUACUUCGAACAAUUUGGAGAGAUUCUGGAGGCCGUCGUCAUCACUGAUAAACACACUGAACGUUCAAAAGGCUAUGGCUUUGUAACGUUUAAGGAUCCGAAUGCGGCGUUUCUUGCUUGUCUGGAUCCGUCGCCGGUGAUCGACGGGAGACGAGCAAACUGCAACCUUGCUUUUCUCGGCGCAUCUCACCGGCCUCGGCAAGCGACAAAUCAAUUUGUAACAGGCCGGUUUUGGCCUCCGGGAGGUCAGGCCAUGGCUUCCUCUGCAUUUCGUGGAUCUUCUCUUGCGUCCCUCCCCACCGGCGCCCCUUACUUUCAUCAACCAUCUCACUAUGGCUUCCCCUAUUCGCUCUACGGUUACACCGGCGCAUACUCGCAAGACAGCGUCUACCCCAUGAGCUAUUACGGAUUUACAGGAGGUCAGAACCCCUUCUCUCCUUAUUAUCAGGCGACGUCGCCGGGUGUUUUUCCGGCAAGCUUCUAUCCUUACUACACUCAGUAUUCUCACUCAAAUCAGACGCAAGGGAGUUUUGCGCUGCAUUAUCCGCAGAUGCUUCAAUACCCUUACAUUCCUCCUGAACUCGGCUCUGUUUCUGCUAUUCUUUCCUUGCCGACAACCAUUGCUUCCACAAGCGCAGUAGGUGUGGCAUCCAGUUCCUCCCGGCCACCAGGAAACACCCAGGAGCCGAGGCCAUCAGCCUGAUUAGACAGAUGGGUACUUUCUGUGCCUUUCCUCCUUCCGUUUACUAACAGUGAUGAAAUAAAAAUAAAAUAUUUCUAUGCUUAUAUCUGAAGGUGAAGAAAGUAUCAGGCUUUCCUUGUCCUCCUUCUCCUUCUCCUUCUCCUCUCUAUUGAUUAAAGCUAUUGAUUAAAGAGAAGACAACUAACCCAUAACCAUUAAUCCAUUGAACAAGCAUGAUUUGAUUUGCUUGCUUGCUUUAUUCACUAAUGACAUUUAUGCUCCUCAUCAUCCUUCCACCACCUCCUCCAUUUCCAUUCAUUCUUGCAUUGGUUAUUGAUCCAUCUCUGCUCAUUUGGAUUUACUUCGGCUCGCUAAAUUUGAAAUUUUUAACCUUAUUGGAUCAAUAUGGUAAGUUUCUAUUAGAUUUGUUCUUGCUUUCGGGGUGCAUGCAUGACACCCAACAAUGAGCUCCAUUGGGUCUCAAUGGCGUUCAUGCUCGGCGAAAAAGACGGUUUUUUGUCUAACACCGCCGAUUACGAAGACGCCAACUGCCGCAGCAGCUGAAGGAUAUGGUUUUCUCCUGAUGUAAUAAUAAUUCAUCUUCCCAUUAUCCUUUUUUUUUUACUUAGAAUAUUAAUAAAACAUUUAAU